CGCUACCGUUGCGGGCGCCGCCGAGUGAAUUGCUGCCCUAGUCGUUCGAGGCUCUGCCAGGGCUGAACGGCUUUCGAUCGGAUCCAUUCACACCCCCUUCCCCCCCGCCCUGGUCACUCAUCACCCCACCCCCAAUGGAGACGGGAAACUGAGGGAGAGAGAACCGAGGGGAUCAGCAGGAGCCGCUGCCGCGCUCGGAGUGAGGGCCGGGGUCUGGGCUCCGCGGGCCGGGCUCGGGCGAUGCUCCGCGGCUCGGGGCGGGCGGCCGGCUGCCGCCACUGUCUGGAUGCGGAGUGAGGGCGGCCGCUUUCCCAUUGCCGCCGGCUGGGACCCGCCAUGGAUAAACUGACCAUUAUUUCAGGGUGUCUCUUCUUGGCCGCCGACAUCUUCGCCAUCGCCAGCCUGGCCAAUCCUGACUGGAUCAACACUGGGGAGUCCGCAGGUGCUCUGACAGUUGGCCUCGUCCGUCAGUGUCAAACCAUCCAUGGUCGUGACCGAACAUGUGUCCCUCCACGUCUUCCACCCGAAUGGGUCACAACACUGUUUUUCAUUAUUCUGGGCAUUAUUUCAUUAACGGUAACAUGUGGUUUGCUGGUGGCUUCACAUUGGCGAAGAGAAACCACCAAAUAUGCCCGCUGGAUAGCCUUCGCUGGAAUGAUCUUGUUCUGUAUGGCAGCCCUAAUAUUUCCGAUUGGAUUUUACAUCAAUGAAGUUGGAGGGCAGCCGUACAAGUUGCCCAACAAUACCCAGGUUGGGUCAUCAUAUGUGCUAUUUGUCUUGUCCAUCUUCUUUACAAUCGUGGGACUCCUGUUCGCAGGGAAGGUCUGCCUACCUGGUUGAGGAAACAGAAAAAACCUGCCCAGUUUUUCAGCACACAAGAAAACCCAAUUAUCAAGGUUGAGUUGCAUUCAUCAGCUGGGGACUGCUUAGAGCAACUCCCACGACCGAGGAUGGAUUAGUUCAUAUCACUAUGCACUUUGGAGACAAAGAAGAGUUUUUCCUCCACCAACCCCCAUGCCGACUUGGAACAUUGUGAACAAACUGCUGCUUUGGAUGAGGAUGCCGCUGUUCUGGGAAACGAACAACCUGAGGGGACUGCAUCAUGACCUCCCUACUGUGUCCUCUCAAUUAACACUAUACCUAUCACCAUUUCAUAUUAGCAACAGGCAUUUGAACCCAAGCUCGCUCACUCUCAUGUUUUCACUCUUUAGAAAGAGACUGUGUUAGGCUGGAGGUAACAGGUUAAUGCAGGUGGGGCAGGCCUCACUGGUUAAGAAUAGAAUAUUGCAACAUCUCAAAUGUGGUGAACCAUUCAAAAAUUGAGCGGGGGGUGGGGAUACAUUACGCUACUUAAACUAAAGUGAUACCAAAACGGAUUUGAUUCAGGGCUUGGAGCCCAGUGGAGUGCCAGUUUGACCAGGGUCAUCAUGUUAUGAAGCCUAUAGAUCAAAGUUGCUUUCUAUUCUGUACAAAACAAAUAUGGAAAUUUAUUCCUGCUGGAUAUUAAAGCCAAAUAUUAUGUUUUUUGUUCAGUGAUACUUAGAAGAAACUCCCCUUCCUAUUUCUGUUGGCUAAUGCAGUUUAAUGUAUAUGCAACUCUGGAGAGCUAAAAUUACUGGAAAACACUAUUAUGUGAAGGUUGACGUCCAAGUUGCUGUCACUUUGAGGUCAGUACAGUCGAAAGUCCUCAGUUACCUCAUUCUUUGAGCUUUUUUUAUUCUGUAGCAACUGACCCCAACUUUGUUUUCAAACAAUAUUACCACAUGUCUAAACCUUACUGGGUGCAAUUUUUUUUUAAGUUGACUAAGCUGAACUAAAAAAUUAUCUUUAUUAAAUUAUUUGUAUAUGAGGAGAAAGAGAUUGUGACAUAUCCUUUAAAUCACUCCACUGCUUAAACCUGACCUAUUUUUUGCAAUGUUCUGGCUAAUGUGUUUAUCCAGAGUUGUCCUCCAAUUUAUGCUAAUGCAGCUUCAUCCGCUGUUCAUGUACCUGUGUGGAGCUGUAAAUGAACGUAACCUAUUCAGCAGCUCCAGUCGCCUUCAUUGUGUUUACUUAUCCUGGGCAGUCAGGUUGUGUAAUAUUAAAAGAUGCCACUAUCUCUGAUCAGGUGGCCAGUCUGUUUCCACGCGUCAGGAUAGAGACAUUAAACUGAGCUUCCCUUUCAGACUGUUUGGGAUCAGUGUGAAGUUGUUUGGUAUGAUGCUAAAGGAUUGAGCUAUCUGAUUGCCUGUUCUUGUCAGAGGAAUGUGUGAGACCAACUGUUGAAGGAGUGCUGCAGUUCCACACAAGGUUUCUGAGUGAACUUUUCAUUUGACCCAGUAUUUUACAUAUGAGCAGUAAAGGCCAGUCUAGUUGUUUAUAAGGAACACUCGUCCCCUUUGCUGGGAUGCUUGUCUGCAGACAGUAAUCUCGGCUCUGAGAUUGCUGCAAGGGCAUUGCUGUCUCUCAUCCACUCUUAAAAUGGUGUUUAGAUACAGGCACAGUGGAGGUGUACUGUGUGCCUUUCCCCAUCAAAAGAGAAAGUUUGGAGCCAGACUGCUCUGUCCCUGGGGCAUGUCUCUUCAACAGUCCUUGUGCACUCACAGGUGGAUCACACAAUGCUGGUGGUGAUGUGUUGGCUAAUGCAUUAGCUUGAGCGUGUCUGUUCACUGAAAGUAAGAAGUUGGAUAGAAGUGAGAUUGAGUUGUGGAGAUGCCGGGAAUAUUGCUUCUGGCAACAAAAGCAGCUCCUUCCAGGUGAUCUGUGUGCUCUGCAUUUCGAAGGAAAAGGUGUAGAAGAAAUAAAAGCAUCAAGAAACGAUUGUGAAUAUUUAAAAGCAACCUGGUACCUCAGCAUUUGCAGUGAAAGAUCAAAGGGCAAUAUUCACACUGCUGCCCAUAUCUCAAAACUUCUUGGAAAGUACAAACAAAAGAGAAGUCCUUCAGUGCUGUACUGUAGGAAGCUGAAUGUAAAUAUGUGAAUGAUCUGCUGACAAACAUGAAUUAUGAGAAAGCAUUAAAUGAUCAAAAUUACAACUGGAUUUUAAAUUGAGUAAAUCUAGAAUUCCUGAAUUAUAUCCCCUUUACUCUAAAACCAAACACCUUGAACACUAAAAGUAUGUUUCAUUAUUUAGUAUAGAGAAAUGAUGGCUGAGCUGUUAUGUUCAUUGAACUGUAACAAAAGUUUGUUGACCCAAAUUUUAUCAUCUGUGACCAACUUCAUUUUUCGCGAACACAUUGUACAUUUCAACAUGCACAGUUCUAAUUAGCACAAACUCACAUGGGACCACUGGUUGUUGUAAAAUCCUAUUAGUAGAAAAAAUUCUUUCCUUGUUUCUUUGGCUUUCUUCUUCCUUCCUUUCUGUCAGUCUGUCUGUUCCUCUUCGCCUCCCUACCACUCUCUUACUGCCCUAUGCCUAUCUGUGUGUGUCUUCCUCUCUCUUGCUUUUGUUCACUCCUUUGCUUUUCCUCCCUCUCUUUCACACUCCUCCUCUCCUCCCUGAUUAUGUGCACUCUAUCCUCAGUUUUCUCUCUCUCUCUUUUCCUCUUUACCUGCUUGAUUUUACUGAUCUCGCAAAGUGAACUAUAUGUGCUGACACAGGUGAAAAGGCCAGUUCCAGCUAGCGCAUUAACAUGACGUUGCGUUACUGUGCAAACUGUGUACAUUUCUUACUCCCUGAGCCCAUUUCAGAUUGCAGUUUUUAUUGCAGUAACACAGGAAGUAGCAGUAAAUGACGAAAGGAAAACCCCCAGGAACAGCUCACACUAGAACUUCAGGUGUGAUUUGACUGACUGAAUAAUUAAACUCUUAAUGGUAAGUUUGUGCUAAAUUAUAUCUAGAUCAUGAAAACAGACUUCUGAAUAAAUUGCUUGACAAAAUUGUUGGAGGUAUUGGCCACUUUGAUCAUUGAGUAUCAAAUUUUUAUAAAAACUCUCAUCUGCACCUGCAGGUUUUAUGGCAAAUCUGUAUUCUAAGUUUUACACAGUAUCGCACAACAUCACCCAGUACGAAGGCUGCCUGGACCAGCCAGGUAUCCUCUUUCAUUUCAAGAAGACCAUUAAACCCAUUAACAGGCUUUAAAGUAUUUGACUAUCAGUUUGCAUAGUCACCAAGUCUUAUUUUUUUCAAAGACCCUUUUGCAGAAAUAGAUGCUUUGUGAGUGGAUUCACUCAUUUUCAUUUCCCCAAACUGAGCAAUUAUUUUGAAACACUUAAAAGAGCCAUUGACAAAAAGACCAAAUUAUCAAGUCAUCCAGAUCCAUUGCAAUCAGUAAGUGGACAUUACCACUCCAGCUUUUUUCUAGUGUCAGAUUAGUCCCUUUUGAGGGUCUUUAAAAUCCCAUUGCAUCGUGUGAAACCUGCAACAAAGAGGCAAAGCAGUGCCAGAAAGCAUCAUCAUUGCCCACAUUUAUUUUUAAAUUGCCACUUUAAUGUCUCCAUUUUCCCUCUGUGCAAAAAAGCCUCAGCGAUUAGGUGUUUUCUGAGCAAAGGAAGGUUAUUAAUAUAAUUGUCAGUAGAGCACAUUAUUAAAAGAAGAGAAUUAGGGGUUUUUUUGGGCUGAAUUUUGGCUCCAACCACUUGUGCUGUUACUUUAUUCUGAACUGAUGUGUUUUCUGGGAUAGCUCAUUAAAAAAGAUGGGGAAAAAAGUCUUUUCCAUAAAUGUCGUUAAGCUAAUGUGACUAGAGCCAGUUUCAGUCUGGCAGGAAACACUGAAAUUACAGCAUUUUGUUUGCUGAUGUUUCACUUAAUAAUUGAGUUGUAUUAUAUCUUGCUUUCUGUAUGAUUUGUUUACAUUCAUUUCUCCCCUCACUUCCAAUCCACAUCAAACCCUGUCUGAAGGACACAACAAUGAAGGAUAACACAAAUGCCUCACUGCGUGCAAGUGAUUUGGUGGUUAAUCCAAGAAACUCAGAAUGAGAUCUAGUCAUUUUCUUAUUGUAUAGACUCACAUAAGGGAUUUUUUGGAUUUGUGCAAACAGCCUGUACAAUAUCCUGUUAUAUUAUCAAUGUGUUUUAUAAUUGGUUAUGGCAGUUUUUAAAACCAAUAAUAAUUUCAGAGGAGGCAUUGUUAAUACGUCUGUACAAAGAGAACAUAAUUUUCCUUCACUUGUAUUUUUGUUAUUGAGCAAGUUUAUCAAAAUAAAACAAUUGUCUACUAAA